UUUAUGAAGUUUCAGUCUUGAUUUGAUACGAGUCUAGUGUUGGUCACAUGAUAAAGCUUAGUAUCGUUAUCAGUGUUUUUAUUUAACGUGUGUUUUUGAGGAAUGAAAAAUAACAUCAGUUGGAUUACUUCUAACUUUUUAAGAUUUUGAUUUUAAUGUGAGAUGAGAGGAGGAGUUUCUUAUGAAAUGACUUCUACAUGCGUGCAAGGUGGAAUUCGACCAUUGGGAGGGUACCAACCCAAUAUGUUGAUGGAACCAUCAUCACCCACAUCAGCAUGGCAAUACCAAACAAUAAUUCCUAAACGCGAACCCAUCGAUCCUGAAGAGCGCAACGACUCUGGAUUGGUCUCUGGCAGCGAUUUUGUAUCUUCGUCCCCGGGUAGCGACCAAAGCGAAAACUUUAACCUUACAUUUUCAUCCCCCAACACCAACCAAGUCAUCGCUUCAAACUCCAACCCUUUCUAUUCUACACCUAUAAUGAGGCCACCUCAGCAGAAUGUUAUAAACCAUCCCUGCUAUCCAGGAGAUCACCAUCCAUUAACGCCUCCAAGUUUCGAGACCGUGCCAUCACCGAAAGGGAACAGGGUUGAACAUCAGACUACACUGACACCAUGCGCAUCUCCAGGUGAAAAUUCCCAUCAUAACGAUACUAGUAAUAGUGAAGAUGCUUUAAAGAAACUACAAGCUUCUUUAGAAAGAAGGGGUAUUCUACCUCUAGCUUUAUCACCGAAAUUCAGCGAAGGCUCUGUAGAUGACGACAAUAAUUCGGACAAAGACAUGGAUGAGUUCGACGAGCAAGGUCUUCGAAUUCCGAAAGUCAACUCUCACGGAAAAAUCAAAACAUUCAAGUGCAAACAAUGCGAUUUUAUUGCCGUCACAAAGCUAGUUUUCUGGGAACAUACCAAAGUCCAUAUUAAAGCCGACAAGCUUUUAACCUGUCCCAAAUGUCCGUUUGUUACUGAAUACAAACAUCAUCUAGAAUAUCAUCUUCGAAAUCAUUUCGGUUCCAAACCGUUCAAGUGUACCCAGUGCAGUUACUCUUGUGUUAAUAAAUCAAUGCUGAAUUCGCAUUUAAAAUCACAUUCAAAUAUAUACCAGUAUCGUUGUUCAGAUUGCAGCUAUGCCACCAAAUAUUGCCAUUCCUUAAAACUUCAUCUUCGCAAAUAUGGCCACAAACCAGCAAUGGUUCUUAACCCCGAUGGUACACCUAAUCCACUACCCAUUAUUGACGUUUACGGUACCAGACGUGGACCUAAAGUGAAAUGCCAUUCAGAGUCCAAAUCUACAGAUGAAGGUUCUCCAAAACCUGAGCAAAUGCUACCUUUUGCUUUGAACCAGUUCAUGCCUCAGAUGCAGUUACCUUUUACUGGAUUUCCAUUCUUCGCUGGAUUUCCAGGUGGUUAUCCUAAUCCUCUUCUGUUUCAAAACUUGGAGAAACUUGCCAGGGAGAGGCAGGAAUCUGUACAUUCGCCUGAGCAGUAUUCUUCAGAACCUGCGGAUACUGAUGGUGGAGCCUUAGAUUUGAGUAAACCUGAGGAACCUUCGAAAAAUCGACGCAAAGGUACCGCUUACAAGUUGUCUUCUAAUGGUGAACAAUCUUCCGAUGAGGACGACGAUGAGGCCACCACAACAAUGUUUGGAAACGUUGAAGUUGUUGAAAAUAAAAUGGAAGAAUCCUCGUCUGAGAAAGAAGAUGUCGCUUGUAGUGAUACGAAGGACGAUUUUAAUUGUCAAUACUGUAAAAUUAAUUUUGGUGAACCAAUUUUGUAUACCAUGCAUAUGGGUUACCAUGGUUACAAGAAUCCUUUUACUUGUAAUAUGUGCGGUGAGGAAUGCAAGGAUAAAGUAUCAUUUUUCUUGCACAUUGCUCGUACGCCUCAUUCUUAGUGAAUACGUUUAAAGACUGAUUUCAGAAUUCGUAUUUUCAAAAUUAUUUUAAAUAAUAUUUAUUUAGCAACUUUUUUAUAUAUUUGUGUAACUUCAAAAAUUGUUAAUUUCUUUUGUCUUUAUUCAAAAUUGAAAUGCGAAUUCUGGAAAGUGAAAAAUAUGAAUAUUUUAGAUUAGCAUCUAGUCAGACAGAUUUUUUUAUUUUGUACGUACGUGCAAUUUAUUUCUAGUUUUGCAAUUUUCGGAAAUAUACGGGUAUCGAAAAAAGAGCAACUGGUGCCAUAUUAUGUAAAUUAUGAUUUUUAAAUGCGUUUUUUAUUGUUUGUAAAUUAUCUUACAACAGCUAUAAAUCCAAAAAAUAAUAUUGUUUGUGAACUAUGAUAGUGUGUAAAUUUUGUAAAUGUUUUGAUACGAUAUUCGAAUAAAUAAAAAACAUAGUACGUCGAAUUAUAUAAUAUUUAUAUUUUGUAUAAAAAUUUCGGGGCCACAACCAUUUAAGACUGAUGUGUAAAUAUUUUUUUUGUCUUUUUUUAUUAGUAUUAGCUGGAGCAACUGAUCAAAAAUUAUGUAUUAUAUAAUAUGGGUAUUAUAGCUGAAUGCAGUUUGAACCAAAUAAAGAUUAAAUUAUGUUUUGAAUGAA